CUCACAAAAUAAUCUCUGCAAUGGCGUUAUAUCCGGCAAUCAUAUAUUGGCGCCAAAAAUCCAAAACAGUUGCAGCCCUAAUGGCCAGAAAAAGGGUACCGUUUCGCUAACCCAUCUGCCCCAACGGCCACCGGUCGAUAUUGAAUUUACGGAAAUUUCCUAUUCAGUGUCAGAGGGACGACGGCGUGGUUUUAAGACAAUAUUAAAAGGUGUUUCGGGUAAAUUUCGCAAUGGUGAGCUGACGGCAAUAAUGGGUCCAUCGGGUGCUGGCAAAAGUACGCUGAUGAAUAUUUUAGCAGGAUAUAAAACAUCUCAACUUAGCGGCUCGGUGCUUAUCAACGGCAAAGAACGUAAUCUGCGACGUUUCCGUAAACUCUCCUGCUACAUUAUGCAGGACGACGUGCUAAUUGCCAAUUUGUCGGUGCGCGAGGCCAUGAUGGUCUCCGCUAAUCUCAAAUUGGGCAAAAAUAUGAAUUUGGCUGCCAAAAAAGUUGUAGUCGAUGAAAUUCUCGAAACUAUCGGUCUUAUCGAAUCAAGCAAUACCAAGACUUGUAAUCUCUCCGGAGGACAACGAAAACGGCUGUCGAUUGCCUUGGAGUUGGUCAAUAAUCCACCCGUUAUGUUUUUCGAUGAGCCCACAUCGGGCUUGGACAGUUCGACGUGCUUCCAAUUGAUAUCGCUGUUGAAGUCACUGGCACGUGGUGGCCGUACCAUUGUCUGCACAAUCCAUCAACCGUCCGCCAGGCUCUUUGAGAAAUUCGAUCAUUUGUAUAUGUUGGCCGAGGGUCAGUGUAUGUAUGAGGGUAGGGUGAGGGCAUUGGUGCCAUUUUUAUCAUCGCUCGGCUAUGAUUGCCCUUCGUAUCACAAUCCGGCAGAUUAUGUGUUAGAAGUGGCCAGCGGCGAAUAUGGUGAAUGUGUACCGAAAUUGGUGGCGGCCGUCAAGAGUGGGGUCUGCAAGAAAUAUAGCCAAAAGAAUUACGGUCUCGAUAUAACCAAGGAUAUUACCAAUGACAUUGCCAAGGGUAAUGGUGCGACGGCGGGAGCGGCAGCCAAUGGAGGCAAUGCGGGAGUUGUUACCAAUACCACCACUGUUGUGCUGGCCGAUGAAAAAUCCAAAUUGGAUGAACCCUCGUCGGCGGCUGAAUUGGAACUGAACUCAUCAGGCAUACUAAAACCACCGAAACUAGAAACCCAAGAAAGUCAACAGUCCGAUUGUUCCGUUAUCAAUAUGCCGACACGCAACAGUGGUGAGCACACCGGGGAGGAUAGCUGUAGUUAUAGUUCCAAAGGAGGUCAGAGUACCAAUGCCACCACAAAUGUCACCGGUUCCAAUGGUGCUGGAGGUGGUGGUAGUGGCGGCAACGGUGGUGGCGGAGGAGGCAAUUCCGGUGCCGGUUGUACAACCUCACUCCUGGACUCCCACGAAAGUGUCAUUGCUAUGCCGAAUAAAUCCGGUUUUCCCACCAGUGGUUGGACACAAUUUUGGAUAUUGCUCAAACGUUCCUUUGUCACGAUUAUGCGUGAUCGUAUGCUGACCCAUAUGCGUUUGGCGUCGCACAUAAUUGUGGGUGCCAUUAUUGGCAUGAUCUACUAUGAUGUCGGCAAUGAGGCUUCGAAGGUGAUGAGUAAUGCCGGUUGUAUAUUUUUUACCACACUAUUUACCAUGUUUACAGCAAUGAUGCCCACAAUAUUGACAUUCCCCACAGAAAUGUCGGUGUUUGUUCGAGAGCAUUUAAAUUAUUGGUAUUCACUUAAGGCUUUUUAUUUUGCUAAGACAAUGGCUGAUUUACCCUUUCAGAUAAUGUUCUCCAGCGUCUAUGUCAUCGUAGUGUAUUAUCUAACAUCCCAGCCCAUGGAACCGCAAAGGGUCACCAUGUUUGUUGUUAUAUGUGUACUAACGUCGUUGGUGGCCCAAUCGUUGGGCCUGCUCAUUGGUGCCGGUAUGAAUAUAGAGGCCGGUGUUUUUCUGGGGCCUGUCACCACUAUACCGACCAUACUCUUUUCGGGUUUCUUUGUUAACUUUGAUACAAUACCGGGCUAUUUACAGUGGGUCACCUAUGUCAGUUAUGUUCGUUAUGGAUUUGAGGGAGCCAUGGUCUCAAUUUACGGCAUGGAUCGUGCCAAACUGCAAUGUGAUGCCAUGUACUGUCACUUCCGAAGUCCGAAGAAAUUCUUAGAGGAAAUGUCCAUGGAUAAGGCGGAAUAUUGGAUUGAUGCUGUGGCGCUGAUUGGCAUUUUCAUUGCCCUGAGAAUUAUAGCCUAUUUUGUAUUACGUUGGAAGUUACACAUGAUACGUUAA